AAAGAAGUAAUGAUGGAGUUUGAAGGAAUAGGUUUCCGUCAUCUUCAUCUUUCCAAGCUGUCAACUGGCGAUGACGUACCUACUAGCAAACGCAAACGAAAACGUGGAGAUUAUGAAAAUUUUAAUUCAAG